AUGAAGACAGUGACAUCAUUCAAUUUUGCAAGUAAUUUACUUUUUAGUGCUCUUGAUAUUGACAACAACGAAACGGUAGACCGCAACGAAAUGAUGUCAGUGUUUCUUCCUCUUCUAUUGAUUGAAGAUGAAGCUGGUCAAGAGAGUGUGAAUUUUAUAUUUGAUUUAUGUGAUGUCGAUGGGGAUGGUUGUCUUAAUAAAGCCGAGUUCAAUCAUUUUGUGUAUUGUUAUAACAUCUGCUGUCAACCAAAUUUCAUCAAAAUCCGCGCAGACUUUAUGGUUGUUCUCUUUAUCGAGUUUUUCAGGGCAAUCGACACAAACAUGGGAGGGACAAUCGACUGCACUGAAGCCUCCGCCGCCCUUCAAAAGAUAUCAAAAGGGCAAUUUUCGAUCUUGUCCGACUACAAAGAAGUCUUCGAGUCUCUCAACACCUAUUGUAAGACGGCGGGGAAGAACAAAGAAAUUUCGCAAUUUGAGUUUCUUUGUAUUUCCAUUCGACAAGACGUCUUACUCAUCCACCUCGAAGCAAAGUAUAAAGACCUUUUUAAUCACAUCGACACAGCACGACUGGGGUUCUUGUCUGAGAAAUCACUCAGAGCAUUUCUGACUCACAAAUUCACUCGAGGAAUCGAGUGGAAACAAACACCAAAAGUACUUCUCGACACAGUGUGUCAAACUUUUAAAACACAGACACUCAAAUCAGUACAAUUCGGAUACCUUUGGGAAACAAUUUUGGACGUUGUCGCAGGCAGUACAUCAUUCACUAAGGAAAUGUGUUUCAGAGUCGUCUUUAAACUCGUCGACACAGACUGCAAAGGUGUUCUGACCAAAGACCAAGUCGUUUUCAUGUGCUCCCUCCUUGGAAUCAAUAACAAAAAGUCCCAGAUCACAGGAUUUUUGGCAACAGAUAGUACAUUCACUAUUGGCUGUUUUGUAAAGGAGUUUUGCUAA